CAAAAACAACAACAGAACUCAGCUGUUCGGCAGCUAGCUAACUAGCUGGCCUGGUUACUGUUAUUAAUGUUCCUUGCAGCUUUAUUUAAAUUUGGGAUUUGUAUCAGUUGCUUUACAGCUACUAAUACGUUCGGAUACAACGCAAGUUAUUUACAAUCCGCAUCAACGCGCUGCCAUUAGGUUCAUUUUAAACUCCUUUGUCUCAUGUGUGCUAACGUUAGCUAGCUUCUAGCAGGUUAGCCUUUUAACUGAGGACAGGGGGGGAGCCCGUUCAACCAAAAGGUAAAGACGCGACUUUUGUCUCGAUAAUGGUGCAAAAUAACACCAAUUUAGCCUUUUAUGGGCAGAAGCUGAAAGUCUGAAGAGCAAUUAUCAGCAGAGGAAUAGGAAAUAACGGAGCUAGCAGACCCCGAGUCAUGUUACAAACCGAUGUGUCACUUUACGAAAUUGUAAUUUAAUACCGCGAUAAAAGGUGAGCAUGUGGAACUUAUAGCACAUCAUUACGUGUACGGUUUUUUUUUUUUUUUCAACGAGGCGAUUUUAGAAGUACUAAAGUUACAAUAACUGUCGUGGGAAUUGGCUCGUUGGUUGACUUCCUGUAAAUUACAGGAGAACCGAGUACAAUCUUCACCCUACCGCGUUAGCACACAGGCCUUUAAAGGGGAAAGCCACCCGAUUCAAUAAUUUACAGACUAUAUAAUUGACAGAGUAGCGCUCUAUAUACGAGAAGCAGUCCUCAGGACACUACUAACAGGACAGGAUUGUUUUUGCUGCUGCUGCUAUACAUACACACACACACACACGUUCAAAACAUUUGACAUACAAGUGUUUUGUCAAGAUGUUCAUUAUAUUAUAUAUUUCUUGACCUUUUAGAGUUGGUUCUCACAGCUCGCUUUAACAACGCACAAGGUUGUGCCACAAGACAGUUGCUAGCUAACUUAACGUCACUACAAGAUAUGGUUACCUAAUGCUAACGUUAUCCCAGUAAGACCACUCAAAAGGUGCAGCUAAAGUUAAUAGUAUUACCACCAUGCUAUUACGUUGCGUGCUUUAUUAAUGUAAGCUGCGUCACUGCAUUUUGGAUUUAUUAACACAUGCAUGCACCAAAGUAACAUCCUCUACUGUCUCUGAAACAAAGAGCCUUUGGUAUAAUCGCAUCAACAGGCCACACUCAGAGUUUGUGAUCUUGCACCCGAGAUAAAAAAACAACCUUUGAACUUGAUCCAUUUGAAGAGUUUACCAGUUUAAGCUGAACCGCAAAGUAAUCCUCAAUAUGUGGAAAUACAUUUCAAAUGUAAUUAAAAAAAACAAAGUCACCAUUUUUGUCCACGCAUAUGUGCCGUAUUUUACGUAUCUAAAUGAAGCAGUACUUUUAUGGUUAGUUCUUCUUUUGGUAGAAGUGGUCCAAAUUCCAAAACAUUCACUGGGUUGUCCAGGUAGACCAGCAAUUAUGUGAAUUCUGAUUAGGGUUUAAUUCAAUAUGAUAAUUUAUCAUCUUUCAGUGGAUGAAAUCAUAUAUUGAGAUACUGUGAUACACAAUGAUGUCAUCCAACUUGUAUGUGGUAAUAACAACAGAGUUUCUGCAGGGUCUUAAAAAGUCUGCAAUUUUAAAAUCAAAAUUUUAGGCCUUAAAAAGUCUUAAAUUCACUGAAGUAUCAUGUUGUAGUUCUUAGAUAAUUUUAAACAGGUCUUAUUUUCCCUACCUCUGAUGCUGAUUGAAAUGUUCCCGUUGCGCUUUACAAUGUUCUUUUUUUAUUCAGUGGUCUUGUAGUUCUUUCAGCCUUAAAUUUCAUUCAUAAUGGUCUUAAAAAGUCUUAAAUUUGACGUGGUGAAACCUGCAACCUACCAACCCAGAAAAAUGUGAUUGUGAAAUAUUUUGAGGGAAUGUAAUUUGAAGAUAGCUCUUUUGUUCUUACAUAACACUUUACAUUACCACUCAGUUCACUGUGAUUAGCAAACUGGAAAGAUUCCACUUCCCUGGUCUUUAAACUCCAUGACCCAGAAUGCAAUAGUGCAUACAGCUCAGGACCGCAUAAUAAUGUAUAAAGAUCCACUUGGAAACCAAAUGUUGGUUAAAACAAAAUACUAUCCCAGACCAGACAUGUUUAUGGCAAAGCCAGACCACAAGACCACCCGGUGGAGAUUCUGACCUCCACCAAUGACCGCCAGUAUUAUUUUCAUCAUCUGUCGUCAUGUCGCCGCCAAAGAGACCCCUGGUCCCUGUGAGCAGCCGGCGGAAAGCAGUGGACGACUACUUCCCUUUCAACUUGCUGCCCGUAGAGUGCCAGCUGCACAUCCUGUCCUUUUUGAACGAGGUGGAUAAGUGCAGCUGUGCUUUGGUCUGCGUGAGCUGGAGCUGCAUCGUCCGCUCAUGGAAGCUGUGGCGGGUGGCGGACUAUUCCCGCCGCGGCGUCUUCCACCUGGGCCGGGAAGGGCUGCUGGUUUCCAACCGGGAGUUUGAGAGGUGGAAGUCCUGGGUGCACCAUUACACCCAUCACCUGAUCUCGCGGCGGGCCAGCCUGCUCACGCUGAAGGCCAGCUUCGACCUGGGCGACCGCUGCAACAAGUGGUGCGAACUGCUGAGUCACCUGCUGGACAACGUCCACUGCAGAGACCUGAGUCACCUGGACCUCAACUGGACGUUCACUCUGCUGGAGCCGCUGGACCUCAGGGUCAACUCAGGCUCCAGCUCGCACCAGGACAGCAUUACCAAGAUGGACCAGGUGACCAGUUUCCAGGAGCUGCUGACCAAACUGACCCACAGCUGCCCACGCAUCUCCAAGAUGCGGUUACACUUUGACUGGUCAGAUGUGUCUGUGUCGCUGCUCAACCAGUUCCAGCAGCUGCGAGUCCUGGAGCUCAAAUACUUCUGGGUCUUUAAAGGAGUGACUCCCACGACGCUGCAAGCCCUAACCAAAUCCCUGCCUAACCUGAAGUCUCUGACUCUACAAAUCCUGGUUCCGCUGAGGAACCUGGGCAUCUCGUACACUCUGGAGUCCCAGUCUCUGGAGUUCCUGGACGUGUCGCCCAGCCGAGGCUUGGUCUUCUCCUGUCUGAAGCUGCCGGCCCUGCGCGAGCUCCGAGCCAAGAAGAUCGUCCGCGGCAUCACACUGGACCGGAGGACCAGGCUACGGAUCCAGAGCCGCUGGCCCUGUCUGUACCACGUCCUCCGGGCGGGGACGCCCAAGCUCCAGGCCCUCAACAAUGAGAGGCUACUCCCCACGUGGAGAGAGGAGAGCUAUGGAGAGCUGUCUGCCAUCCUGGAACAGUCCUGUUACUGUGUUCAGCAUCUAGACAGCUGGCUUUGGUAGACAACUGCAGGGUUUCCACCCCAAAAAAAGAAAGUUGUUUAGCCAGGUGGCAUGAGCCUUUAUUCGACGAGGGCCCGGCUGGUGCCAGUCCUAGACUGAUGGCAGCAUUAAUGUAGAGCCCAAUAGUUUCUUAAAAAAAUAUCUUAAAAUACAUUAAAAAAACAUUCCUAGUGGCAUAUGCCUGGUGGGGGGCAACUUAGGCCCGGUGGGCCACCAGGCUUGCAACACACUGGGGGAAACCCUGACUGUGUGACUUGAAAUGAUGUACCAUCCAUCGGUGGAUAUGGAGCCCACUGCAGUUCUAGGGAAGACCCGCCCUUCAGUAGCAUUCACGCGCCACAAUUGGCCAAACGUCCACGCUCGCGCAAAGUAACGGAACCCGAUUUGUUCAGGUCCUAUCCCCUGACCAAUCGGCUAUCCUAACCUUAACUACUGGAAGCCAAUGCCUAACCUCAACUAAUCGGCCAUCUUGAUAGGGCGGGACUUGCCUGGAACUGCUGUGGGAUCCAUAAAAACGAAUCUUUUACACACACCAUGUGUGUCCCUGUUUAAACAAACUGUUCUCAGAGGGACACAUAGUUGCACACAAGAAAAACACGUUUUCAAGUGAAAUCAAAGGACUGCAAGUUUUUUUAUUUUAUUUUUUAUUUUUUUGGAUACAAUUCUUAAACAGGAAGCUGCUGUUAUAGUUGGAAACACUUUCCCAAGACAAUGAUACACAGCAUGUCUACAACUGUUUUAUUUAGUUUGCCCGUCAUCUCCCAAAAACUAAAGGUGCUUCAGGCUGAUUGCCCUGUUGACACCAUUAACUACAACUCUGCCUAAGCCAUGUGUCCAUGUAUUGUGAAAAAGACGAGCAGAAGACAGAGUGUAAUGGCGACUUAGAGAUGUGGAGAAUGCCUUUUAAACGUUGCCUGUUCGAAGAAAAAACUGAUGGAACAAUAUUCUGCACCGUUUCCUUCUGACAGCUGAGAAAUGGAAUCAGUGUUUUUGCAUUUAUCUUUCUAAUCAGUAGAGGUCCUUAUUGUCAAAGAUUUUGCCAUGGAGACUUCUCUCCCAAAGGUCUUUCAACAGAAACUUGUGCACUAGUGUAACAUUGUCUCUUACACCAAUGGAUUCUGAUCAUUUCACUCCAGUACCUGUGCUCAUGUGUUGUACGAGUAGCAGAUGUGUGCUUGAGGGUAUUUAUGCUCUUCAGAAUAAAUCAAUGUAUAUGUGAGAUUU